AUGUUUGCGUGCAAAACGGACAUGGUGUUUUGUCUACCGUACCACACAUGCAAUAGUACGCCGACCGAAACAACAGGUCCCCAGUCUAUUUUCGACCAGCAUCACCAGCCGGUGCGGGCGUGUGGGGGAACCAGGGACAUGAGUAGUGCCAAACUGACAGCCCGUGUCACGAGUCGAGAAGAAAUCUGGACAUUGUGGAAACAUUACACGAUAGUUGGCGCUGCUUUUGCGCAGGAACACCGUCUCGGUGUGAAGCUAUCUCCUCGGUCAGCCAAUAUCAGGCCCACAGUCGAAUGGAUAGAAUCAGCUCUGGCCCACAAGGCACGUUUUUUUACUGCCAUGCCACGAUGCAGCGUCCCGACGGGGCCGUUGCCAAAUGCUGUCGAUAUUCAAGAUUUCGGUGUUUAG